GUUCCGUACUCGUGUCCGAACCAUCAUCUCAUCUGCCAUCCCCUCCCCUCCUUGCAUGAGUAAAAUGAAUGUAAGGUCGCCCCUCACCGUCCUCCCCGAAAGAUGCCGAUAGGAUGCACCGGAGAUCUCAAUCGGAGGCCGCCGCGCUGGGGGUUUUGUCCGACCAGCUCGGCUUGUUCGAAAAGGAUACGUCAUUCUCCUCCAUUCAAUCCAAUGCCAACUUCGUCCUGGUGAGCGGUGGUGGAAGGGAGGGUGGCGAUGAUGACGAAGAGGAAGAGGAGGGGGAGGACCCCUUCUGCGCAUUCAUGGACAUAGAGAAGCUGGGGUCGGCUGCGACGAGCCACGACUCGACGCUGGGGGAUGGGAAGAAGGUGGCGGAGAUCUCGUCCGCCGAUUGCCCAAAUGUUGGUGUUGGUGGGGAUGCCGGCGCAUUGUUGGGGACAAUGCCGGGGCUGUCGAGGACUCCGCGGCAUCGGCACAGCAAUUCCGUUGAUGGGUCGUCGUGUUUGAGAGGGGAGGGGUUGUUUGGGGACGUGGCGGAGAUGAAGAAAGCCAUGGCUGCUGACAAGCUCGCCGAGCUCGCCAUGGUAGAUCCAAGGCGAGCCAAGCGGAUUUUAGCCAAUCGGCAAUCUGCGGCUCGUUCCAAAGAAAGAAAAGCUCGCUAUGUGUUAGAACUCGAACAUAAAGUUCAAGCCCUUCAAACUGAAGCUACCACUCUUUCAGCACAACUGACAUUAUUCCAGCGAGAUACAACAGGAUUAACAUCUGAAAAUUCAGAGCUUAAGCUUCGGUUGCAGGCAAUGGAACAACAGGCUCAUUUACGUGAUGCUCUAAAUGAGGCCCUCAGGGAGGAAGUCCAAAGGCUCAAGAUUGCCACAGGAGAGAUGUCACCAAAUACUGCUGAAGCAUUCAACAUGGGGCCUCAGCAUAUGCCUUUGAACCCAUUAUUGUUUCCAGGCCCGCAUCAAGCCCCUCACCAUGACAUGCUUCAACAGCAGUUCCACCCAUCUCAGUGGUCCUUGAACAACCACAUCCAAGCGCACUCCCAUGUGCUUGCAAAAAACAUGCAACAAGAUCCCCUGGGCCGAAUGCAGGGUGGUAUUGACAUCGGUAGAGGUGGACAUGUUAUUAAGUCAGAAGGUUCUUCAAUAUCCGCAAGUGAAAGCAGUACUACCUUUUGAAGUGGUGCUGCCAAAUUGUUGUUACGUGCAUAGAAUCUCAUGCCGGUCAUGUUUUUGCUCCAUCGACUUAUCUGUUUCAUUGGUUGUUCAUUCUCACAGAUUCUUUUGCGAGCUGCUAUUCUUGUUGGUUGGUGGCAUUUAUCUUGUUUGUAUUAUGGUGCUCUCUCUUUUUUCCUUCUGUUAUCUUCAUUAAUUGAUUGUUGUAUCCGUUCAACUGAUAAUAUUAACCGAUGGGAAAGCAAUUAGUGGCAGAUUUAUGUGA